UUGGGAUGGGUUGGAGUCUCGAGUUUGUAGCAAGGCAAGAAACAUCCACACCUCCCCUCCUCAGCCUCCUAAGUCUUGGUCACUAGGAUCCCAAGUGCCCUCACCACUUGAACUAAUUUCUUUGAUGGUGGCUUUGGCAUGUCCCCCCAGGUCUCUGUCCCCCAUUUCCUCUGCUGUGAGAAUAAUCGGGCACCCUUCAGAAUUAAUGCUAACCAUUACACUGGCUGCAGCAGCCCUGGACCAGCUCCAGCCCACCUCUUCCUAAUGGCCCUACCUGAGCCCCACCCACUCUGGCCCUCUGUGGCCCCGCCCCAGCAUGUCCACAGGAUACUUAUCCACACCUCUUGUUCACCAGCCAAUGAAUGAGUAGCCCUCUGAGUAGCCUGGCCACACGUUUCUUAUCCAGUUUGCAGUUCUCCAGAGUCCCAACCACUGCUGCAUCAUGUGGGCCCUGGGCUUUCUGCUCCACUUCCUCGCCAUGCAACCAGUGGCACAGGUGGACUCCACGGGUACCUGGUGCUACGACUCACAAGACCCAGAGUGUGGCCCUACCCACUGGAAGGAGCUAGCACCUGCUUGUGGGGGCCCAGCCCAAUCCCCUAUCAACAUUGACCUUGGUUUGGUCCAGCGGGACUACACUCUUGAGCCGUUCAUCUUUCAAGGCUAUGAUACAGCACCUCUAGACCCUUGGACCCUGGAGAACAAUGGCCAUACAGUGCUAUUGCAAGUAAGUUCUGGUCAGCAGAGCUGCCCAGUGAUCCGAGGGGCUGGGCUGCCAUCGCCAGGGUACCGGCUACUGCAGCUGCACUUCCACUGGGGCAGCCCAGGGCACAAAGGCUCAGAGCACAGCCUGGACGAGAAGCAUGGCUCUAUGGAGAUGCACAUGGUCCACAUGAGCACAAAGUACCGGGACCUGAGGGAGGCACAAAGCCACCCCGAUGGGCUUGCUGUGCUGGCUGUACUGUUGGUGGAGGAGGACAGGGACAAUACCAAUUUCUCUGCCAUUGUGUCUGGCCUAAAAAACUUAUCUUCGCCUGGGGUCUCUGUGAACCUGACAUCCACCGUUCCACUGGCCUCCCUGCUACCAAGUGCUGCGGGGCUCUUACGCUUCUACCGAUACUCCGGGUCUCUAACCACCCCGGGCUGUGAGCCGGCCGUGCUCUGGACAGUCUUUGAAAACACCAUACCCAUUGGGCGCGCGCAGGUAGCACAGUUCCAGACCAUACCCCAGACUGGGCCACCGGGCUUGCACCCCAGACCGCUCGUGGAUAAUCUCCGCCCCCAGCAACCUCUUGGAGGGCGCAGGGUAUCAGCCUCUCCUGGAGCAUCCCUCCGGUCAUCAGUUUCUACCCUGCCCUGUUUGCACCUGGCUCUUUUGGGUUUGGGAGUCGGCCUGAGGCUCUGGCAGGGCCCCUAG